AUGGAUGUAGAAAGUGAAUUUGAUAAUUUCUCCCAAGUUAAUUAUCCUCAUUUCCAUGAAUCGGGUAAUUUUGUUCUCGAUCUUUUCUCAAUCUCAAUUUGUUUGGAAAUAAUUAUCGGUAAUCUAUUGGUAAUAAUUGUCGCCCUCAAGUAUAAAUGUUUCGGUUCCAAAUCAACCAACAGGUACAUCAUCUCAUUGGCCUUGUCCGAUUUGACCAUCGGCGUUAUCGUGAUACCUUUGAACAUCCUGGAGAUUGCUAAAUAUCAUCUUCUUUUUUUGUUCCAAGAAAUUUCCGUUAUCUCCUCCAUCUUUAAUCUGACCGUUCUAUCCAUGGACCGAUACAUGGCGAUUCGCAAGCCAAUCGGCUAUUCCCGUAAACUGACCACUCGCCAAGUGAACAUAAACAUCGCACUGGUUUGGUUUUCCACUUUGGUCAUUGUCAAGUUACCACAUAUCAUUGAUUACGCUUGUAUUGGAACUCAUGAUGAAGACUCAGCGAUUUGCGAUUUCCUUCAUGGUAAAGAGAUUCUGGUUGUCAUUCUACUUCUCAUCUUCUAUUUACCUUUAAUUUUAAUGAUCAGUUUCAAUGUUGGAACAUAUCGAUUGGCAUUGGCAAGUUUAACGCUUAAACGACGUCGAUCAAAAUUCAAAACAAAACUAAACUUUAUCGCUCAUUAUGACACUGGCGGUGGUACCGAAUAUGGAACCGUUGUAAAUGGUGGUGGUGGUGAUUCUGAUUCCAAGGAAAUAUCAAGAUUCUCAGCGCUAAUGAUACAACAUAAAUUGUCCUUCACCCUUGGACUAAUCAUGUUGGUGUUUAUUGUUUGUUGGGCUCCGUUUUUCAUAGUGUCAACGAUAAUUUGUCUCUGCUCCGAGUGUACACAAUUUCUGGCACCAAUACACAAUUUCGCCAUUUGGUUGGGUGUAGUUAAUUCUGGUAUGAAUCCAAUCAUUCAUUUUAUACUAAGUCGCAAAUUUCGCACGGCAAUAAGGUCACUUUUCCGACUAUCAAGUUCACCAUCGAAAUCAAUAACCUCACCAAGACCAUCAUCGGUCCAACGACCAACGGCAACAUCCAUCAUCUUACCAAGUAAAUUUUUCUCCAACGGAAUUUAAUCCAAUCUUUUAAUCAUCCCAAUUGUUUAUUGUUAAUUAAUUCUAUUUGUUAAUUUCUUCUGUUAAUUAUCUUCAUCUUCUUCCAAUUGCUCCUAAUUGUUGAACAUUUAAUUUCGCAUCUUCAGUAAGAGAUAAAAUCGACUCUUGAUAACUUCAUUUUCACAUGUUAAUGUGUCUUUCCAAUUGUUUACCAACAAGUUAAUUGUUACAAUUUAUUCUAAUCUUUGGAACAAUUUAAAUUGUGAUUUUCUCCACCACAAUUCCCUAAAUUGUAAAUUCAUUUUUCCCCUUUUCUUUUCUGCCUAUUUGUUGAUUGCUCUCUUAUAACAUUCAAUCAACGAGCCUUCUAAAUACUACUACAUAUGAAUUCCCAUAGACCUUGGAUGUUAAUCACUUUUCUUAAUUCAUCACAAUUUAAUCGGAGGUUUAUAAAGGGAAAAAAAGUAAUUCUUCCUGUUUCAUUUUCUUCACAAUCAACAUUCAACUUUCAGCUAUUUGGGUUACAAUUAAUUCUUAAUCAUAUCAACAUAAUCAUCAACAUCAACAAAUUCACAAUCAACUUCAUUAUUUAACUUAUUGUGAUCAAGAAAAAAAAAUGCUCAAAAAUCAUUAACAAAAUUGUGGCAAUUAUUGCAAAAUCAACUAAUCAUAUUGGAUUAAGAAUCAUUUUGACACACAAUUAAAUCCUAAUAUCAUUUUAUAUAUACAAACAAUUAAUCAUGACAACAAUUUGUUGCCUUAAUAUCAAUCAUAUAACAUUAAUCAUCUCAUACAAUUAGAAAUUAAUUUGUAGUCAUUAAUUUAAAUCAAUCCAAUAUUAAUAAAUUGUCAUAAUUUACAAAUAUCACAUAAUUGAUUGAUUGUUAAUCAUAAUUUGGACAAUUUAAACCUCAAAA